UGUUGGAGAAGAUCCAUGGAAGCAAAUGGAGUAUGGUAUGGAACGAAGUAUUCCCAAGGCACCAAGAAUAAUCACAGAACCAGGGACCAUUUCACAGUAUUCUGACCGCAUCGGAGUUCGGUGGGAGGCUCCUAUUGAUAACAGAGAUCCCGUCCAAGAGUUUAGCGUAAGAUACGUCCCGGUCGAACGAACAAUUAAAGGCUGGGUUGAAAAUGGCCCUGCUGCGGAAAAGACUUACGUCAGCUGGGAGAGAAAUCAAUAUGUGGAACUUAGAGAACUAUCCCCAGACACAUACUACAAAAUCGAAAUUAGGGUAAUUAAUAAGAAUGGAAACAGUCUUCCCGAUACAGUUGUCAUCAAAACUCGAGCAGCCGAGUUUGAUGCCAGUUUUACUCUUCAAAAUAUAUGGGGCAGACUAGAGCUUGAUAAAAGAUCUAUGAUACAGUGUUUCAGAGACAACAGUCUAAAAGAGGUCAAGGAGAUCAGGAUUUCAAGACUGCUUGACACUGGGCAAGGUUGGGAUUUACCUAGGUCAUCUAAACAAUUCGUACAAGGAAAUCCUGUCUUUGCUCGGAUACUGUUUCUGCCAAGCGAAGAUCAAUUAAACCGGUUUGGAGCAUUCCAGUGCAGCUUUGUUAAGAAUGAAACACAAAAUAGUAUUAUAACCCUCAAACUUCCACCAGCAAGUUUAGCUGAAUUAAACGCAUUGACACCUUAUGUGGUUGCCAGCGUGGGUGAUGACAUUGAACUGGAAGUGAGCAUUGCCAAAAAGCGAAAUCAGCGCAUCAAAUGGAGACGUAACGACAUGCCAAUUUUUAAAUGGGAUAACCAAUUAAAGGUCUACCUGAAGAAUGUACAAAUGACAGAUUCUGGGAUUUAUGAAUGCUCUUACGACGGCAGAAGGGAGGAAGGUGUUCACGCUCUGAUGAGACUUAUAGUUAGAAGUUGCCCUGCUGAAUUAUAUGGUGAGUUUUGCCAAAAAGAAUGUCCACCGUGUUACAAUGGAGGAGUAUGCCACCACGAAUACGGAGUGUGCGUUUGUCCUGCGGGAUUUACAGGAACUAACUGCGAAAUUGCUUGUGGAGGUAAUCGCUUCGGAGCUCACUGCAACAAAUUCUGUUCACCUCCCGAAAACACCGGAAACACAAGCGACGCAUGCGCUUUAUAUCUUUUCUGCAAGCCGGAUCCAUACGGAUGCUCUUGUGCACCCGGAUUCAAAGGCCCGGAAUGCAAGGAACAUUGUGAGAGAGGAUGGUAUGGUGCUGACUGCAGACAGUCAUGCCACUGCGCAUUUGGAGGCAGAGUUUGUAAUCGAAUCACCGGCGCUUGUGAGGGUGGUUGCGCCACAGGGUGGAGCGGAAGCUCUUGUCAAAUAAGAGCCUGCCAAGGAAACCGCUUUGGUGAAAAUUGUGAACUGACGUGCCAUUGUGAAGGAGGCCAAGAGAACUGUGACCAGGACGGUUACUGUCACUCCGGAUGCGAUGCCGGUUGGACUGGAUUAACUUGUCAGACAGAAUGUACCCCAGGAAGCUUCGGAUACAACUGUGCGUCAAUCUGUCAUUGUCACGAAAAUUCAACGACUCCUUGCGACAAGAUAAUGGGAUUCUGCGAAGGUGUCUGUGAAGCAGGCUACACGGGUCUCGAUUGUCAGACACGGUGUCCGCCAAACAAUUUUGGCGUGAAUUGCCUUGGAAUAUGCAACUGUUAUAACGGUGGGCAUUGUAACCGUUUCGACGGGUCAUGCUCUUGUAUUGGAAGAUGGAGAGGUCGCUAUUGCAACGAGAGUGAACCUCACAUAAUAUACGCUUCCGAAAACAUAAGAGCAGUUUUCGGGGAACAAAUGUUUCUUUCUUGUACAGCGACUGGAAUUCCUGAACCUCUAAUGGAUAUAUUCAGCAGUGAACUUCCUGACUUGAAGGUAAGCGUCAAGCUUCUGCAAAAGUAUGAAUAUCAAGCUUUCGUUAAAGUGAAGCUAAACAGCUGUGGAAUUUUCGAUAUUUUUUGCACUGCCCGUAAUCAACAUGGAUUCGAUAUGAAAAAAAUUACUUUAAGUAUAACAGAAUGUCCUCCAGGUCGUUUCGGACGGAAUUGCGCUUCGAUUUGCCAUUGCUACGAAAACGCUGCUUGCGACAAGGUAACGGGGGCUUGCGAAGGUGACUGCGAAGCAGGUUACAUGGGAUUCAAUUGCCAGAAACGAUGUCCGCCAAAUUCUUAUGGUGUCAAUUGCCGUAAGAAAUGCCUUUGCGCUAAUGGUGGGCAUUGCAAUCGUGCCCAUGGAACAUGCGCAUGCGUUGGAAGAUGGAGAGGUCGCUACUGCAAGGAAAGUAAGCCUCAAAUAGUAGCAGUUAGUAAUAUGAUAGUUAAAAUUGGUCAAGAGGCAACCAUUUCUUGCACAGCGGAUGGAAUACCUGAACCUCUCAUCAUUAUAUACGACAGCAAAUGUGACAUCAUGGAUGUAAGGGUUAAAUCUUUGAAACGACAUCGAUAUCAAGCUGUGGGGGAUGUGAAGCCGGCGAAGCCUGGAACUUUCGAAUUGCUUUGCACCGCACGGAACUCGAAAGGAUCGGAUCAGAAAAAUAUGACUGUAACCGUAAUAGCUUAAGGGCUGCUAUUGGAUUCAAUGAUCUUAAUUUAAGUCAAAAUGGUGUUUUUAAAAUGAUUAAACCCCGAGACAGAAAACAUCAGGAAGGUUAAGACACAUUUGCUACCUUCGUAAUUUAUAUCUGCAUAAAAUGAAAUCUAAUAGAGUUCCAGUUAUCCGCACUCUAUAUGAACUGUUCUCAAGAUGUUUCUAUUGAUUUAAACACUGAAUAACAGCACAGUAUUUUGUUGGACUUUAUCAUCAAAAAUCACCAAGAAAUCAAAUACUAAUUUAUACAACUUUCGUCCAGAAACUGAAAGGAUGCAUAUGAUCUCGCAAUUCAGCAGAACAAGCUAAAAGGCAGAUUACACUAAAGAAAGGUAAACGUUUUAGUGCAAAAUACAAUGUUAUAAUUAAGUAACGUAAAGUUUUAUUAUAUUUUCUGUAAGCUGAAGAUUUAAUUCUACAAUAAGCAUUUUGUAAAAAGAUAAAGCUGUGUGCUUUGGAAUUUAUAGCCUUUAAAUAUGAUGAAGCCAGAAUAAUAAAUGAAAUUAUAUUUAUAUGA